AUGCCGGGAAUCACCUUCAACCCAGAUCGAGAUAUCCCCAGCCUGUCCGGCAAAGUCAUCCUGAUCACCGGAGGACUAGGAGCUGAGACGGCGCGCCAACUAGCCAAACAUGCGCCCGCACACAUCUACAUCAGCGGGCGCAAGGCAUCCAGCGCCGACAUAGUGAUCGAACAGAUUCGACAAAGCGGCAACACCCUCGUCACGUUUCUGCAGUGUGACCUCGCCGACCUGCGCUUGGUACAAAAAAUGGCCGACCUCUUCCUCGCGCGGGAGUCCCGACUGGAUGUGCUCAUGUGUAACGCGGGGAUCAUGGCUACCCCGCUAGGCCUCACAGCAGACGGCUACGAGGUCCAAUUCGGGACGAACCACCUCGGCCACGCCCUGCUCAUUCAAAAGUUGCUCCCUCGGCUUCAAGCCACUGCCGGCGAAGGCAAGGAUGUCCGUAUUUUCCUUCUGACAUCUUUGGCGUACAGAAUGUAUCCUCGAGGCGGGGUUGUCUUCGAACAUCUGAGCACAACGCAGGAGUAUUCGGCUCUCGGAGGUUGGGUCCGCUACGGGCAGAGCAAGCUGGCGAAUAUGCUGUAUGCCCGCGAGCUGGCACGCCGGUAUCCCACGCUGACAAGCAUCUCGGUCACUCCAGGGGCUGUCAAUACCGGUCUGCUCGACAAUUUGGGCUGUUUUGGUCGUGCAUUUAUAUGGGUAAUGAGUUUGGGUCGGGUUUUGAGGCCUGAGGAAGGGGCUUAUAAUCAGUUGUGGGCUGCGACUACCGCCCGGCCCGAUUUGCAGAAUGGCCAGUUUCAUGAGCCCGUUGGCAUUUUGUCGACCAAGCUGAAAGCCACGGCCAGAGACGAGGACUUAGCAAAGCGAUUAUGGGACUGGACAGAUGAGGCAUUGAGGCCUUACCUCUAA